GGCAGCUUAGGAUCGCCUGGCCCGGGACCCAUGCCGGGCAGCGGAGAGCGGAAAGCGUGGAGGCUGCCCGGCCACCGGGCCCUCCGCGCCGGUGGAAACCGCACCGCGGCUCCGGAACCGACCCCCAGCCGCGUCCGUGUCCAGGGGCGGUCGAGGCCCGAGCGAGGAAGACGCUCGGGUCCUGGCGCCCACCUUGCUUCGCCCAGAAUGGCGCACCACCCAGGUUAAGGCUGAGCAAAGAAGGACAGGAGGAAAAGGAGGAAGUGGAGGAAGUCCUGAAGGACUCAUUGGAUGACGGCCUUGAGACAUCCUCUAGUCACUAUGAAUUGCCUGACAUCCACCAACCUCCCUUCUCCAGUGUUAACCUCUGGAUACUCAAGGCAAUCUGAAGCAAUAGAACCAGUGGACUCCAGGGCUCUGCAUGGCACUGCAAGAAGAGAAGGACAUAAAUGGAAGUGCUGGUGGACUCAUUAGAUGGGGUGUUUUCAGCUCAUUCCAACUGUCUUGGCUUGUCUCACUCCACUGGCUUCCCAAGAGACCAGCCUCCUGGACGAGGAGCAUGUGGUUUACUCUGGAUGUGGCAAAAUAUGAUGAGACGGAUGAAGAAGAAGAUGGAGAGUCACUAGAUUCCAUGUAACAAUGAAUGAUCAAGGCUAAUAAGCAAAGGUCUCUGCAUAAUAAUGGGCAACAUCUCAAGACUACUACCAACACCUGGUCUCCAGAUUAUCUCAUAGAAAUUCAUAUUCUCACUGUCUCGUGAUGAUUCUGAUGACAUCAGUAGCUACUGAGUGUGUUCUGGCCAGGUGGAGAAAGAAAAGAGGCAAGGCCCUGGCUGUGAAGAUACUGCUAAAAACAUCAUGGCAGUACCUGUCAGUUCUUCUCCGAAUGUAGGGGAAGAAAUGGAUCUUGAAGAAGUCGUCCUGGAAUUGCAUUCUCAGUUACAACAGAGCAAGCAGGCUUUCCAGGACCUCAAAGAACAAUUUCUCAUUUGUAAAUCUACGACCUACUCCCUGGCAAAGCCAGCUCCAGAAGUAUCAAUGCAACAAGGACAACGACCUAAUUGUUUCCGUUUUGGGGGAGAAGAUGCAGUCCCAUGACGGGGAACUGGCCGAGAGACUGAUGGUAGAAGAGCAGCUAAGGGAAUCCAGUAUCAUCGACCAUCAAACCCAGGAGCUGUCUGAACUGAGGAAUAGAGUACAUCAUGGGAAAAAUGUUUCAUUACUCAUCAGAGAGCAUCUGUGGGAACUCCUCACUCUGCACAGUUCUGACAGCCACAAAUUGCAUGAACUGCUUGUUUCCAUGUAUAAGCUGGCAGAUCGCCUCAUCCUCAAACUCAGCCCAGAGAAUGGUGCAGAGGAGGAGAGUGGAAAAGAAGAUGAAUCACUGGCUCUCAGGCUGAGCAAAGCAGGACAGGAGGAGGAGGAAGUGAAAGAAACCCUGAAGGACUCAUUGGAUGAGGGCCAUAAGUCUUCCUUCAGUCACUGUAAAUUGUCAGAUAUCCACCAGCCUCUCUGCUCUGGUGCUGAUCUGUUGGAAAGUCAACAUAAUCAGAAGCAAGUGGAAGAGGAAGAGGCAACAGACCACAGGAUGGAACCACAAGAGAGUGAGGAAAUGGAUGAAGUGCUGCUGGACCCAUUGGUUGAGAUGGAUUUGAAUCCUUCCAGUUGCCACAACUUGCCUGACUCUUACCAGCCUCCCAAGAGUCCAUCCUCGCUCUCUGAAGAGCACGUGGAUGUGGAUAAAUCCCAUGAAAAUGGGGUUGAUAAUGAAGAGGAGUCACUGGAUUGCAGCAGUCUCGAUGGUGAACACCCCGAGGAGAAAGAGGAUGACCUCCUGCCAGUUGAAGAGUAUUUUGCGUCCUCUGGUCAUGUUCAUUCAUCAGACUCAGCACAGCUUCCCCCAUCAGAUGAGACUAAAGUCAGCUCUGCCCUGGAUGGAGCCAAGGCACAUUUGGGUACUCGACUUGAAGCGAAGAACCCUCCCGAGCUUGAGGGUGAUGAGCUUGAAGGCUCAGCUGUGGAAACACCUGGGUCUCAGGUGCCUAUCCUCGUUGAUGCCACCACCAUCCUCACUGAGAAGAUUCUCAAGAGAAAGUCACUACUCUUGAGCAAGUGGAACAUUGCCUGCAGAUUUCCUGGCCUUCAAGCUUCGGAGAACCAUGAAAAUGAACACAAUGAAGAGGAAGAUUCGCUGAAUUCCAGCAGUCUCAGUGGUGAACUGCCUGAGGAGAAAGAGGAUGACCUCCUGCCAGGAGAAGAGUAUUUUCAAUCCUCUGGUCAUGCUCAUUCAUGUGACUUAGGACAGCUUCCGCCACCAGAUGAGACUAAAUUCAGCUCUGCCCUAGAUGGAGCCAAGGCACAUUUGGGGACUCAGCUUGAAGCGAAGAACCCUCCCGAGCUCGAGGGUGAUGAGCUUGAAGGUUUAGCUGUGGAAACACCUGGGUGUCAGGUGCCUAUCCUCAUUGAUGCCACCACUGUCUUUACUGAGAAUGUUCUCAAGAGAAAGCCACUAAUCCUGAGCAAUUGGAGCGUUGCCUGCAGAUUCCCUGGCCUUCAAGCUUUGGGUAGAGUUGUGCUCACUUCUGUUACUCUUGGAAGCACUUACUCAUUUUAGCUCUCUAUGUAUUUUGUUCCAUCUAAUUGUGUCUUUUGGUGUAUCAAUAAUUUGCUUUUCAUCAUGAUUUCUAAGGUGAGUAACAAUCAUCAGGACUACAGUUGGCAUUCUGAAUUAUUCUUAAGAUUUUCUUUCAUAUUUAAAUUAUUAGAUUAACUAAAUGUUUAAUACAUGUGUGUUCAUUGCUAUGUAGCUUCCCUUACAAUAAAUUAUAAA